AUUGAUCUCGGACAUCACUUCCGUUCCUGCCAUUUUGCUACUGAAGAAAGCCCAAAGUGAGCCGUCUUACUGUAACGUUCCUCGAGGGGGGUAUCCUUUCUUCAAAAAAAAUUAUUAAUAAAUACAAAGCACCGGAAAAGCAGAAGAGAGACGGAGGAACAUAAACCUGAAAGAUGUCAGACUUCGACAGCAACCCGUUCGCGGACCCGGACUUUAGUAACCCGUUUCAGGAUCCUGCAGUCACGCAGGCCACGCGAACGGUCACCUCAGGUUUGGAAGAAUACAACCCUUUCACAAACACAAAGCCGGCGGUGGCUGGCGUGGCCACCAAAAUGGCCCCCACCAGCACUCAGCCUGCCAUCAUGAAGCUUACAGAGGAGGCCUCAGCGUAUGCACAGUCACAGACCCAGCCCCAGCAUCCCCUCCAACAGGACCGGGCUCAGACAGAGCUGCUGCGGCGGCAGGACGAGCUGGAGAAGAAAGCCGCUGAGCUGGACCGGCGGGAGAAGGAGAUGCAGUCCCUUGGCACGUCGGGGGGAAGGAAAAACAACUGGCCCCCUCUUCCUGACAAGUUCCCUGUCGGACCAUGUUUUUACCAUGAUAUCACUGUAGACAUCCCUGUGGAGUAUCAGAAGACAGUCAAGACCAUGUACUACCUGUGGAUGUUUUAUGCGGGGACGCUGCUUGUGAACAUCUUCGGUUGUCUGAUCUGGUUCUGCGUGGACUCCAGGCGAGGGGUGGACUUUGGCCUGGCAAUGUUCUGGUUCAUGGUUUUCACCCCCUGCUCUUUUGUCUGCUGGUACAGACCGCUGUACGGCGCUUUCAGGAAUGACAGCUCCUUCAGAUUCUUUGUCUUCUUCUUCGUAUACAUCUGUCAGUUCGGCAUGCACGUGUUUCAGGCCAUCGGCAUCACAAGCUGGGGGACCUGCGGCUGGAUCUCAGCCCUCACAUGUCUAAACACGAGCAUCCCGGUUGGAAUCUUGUUGAUCCUCAUCGCAGGCCUCUUCACUGCCUGUGCUGUCUUCUCACUAAUAAUGUUUAAAAAGGUUCAUGAGCUGUAUCGCAGCUCAGGCGCCAGCUUUGAGAAGGCCCAGCAGGAAUUUGCCUCGGGUGUGAUGUCCAACAAGACUGUUCAGACGGCAGCAGCCAACGCGGCCUCGACUGCUGCCCGUGGAGCAUUCAAGGGGGACCAGAUCUGAGGGAGCUCUCCCCUUCAUCCCAGCUCAUUCCCCCCACACUACACUACACCCCCACCCCAUACAGAGACUGUAAGAUCCUCCUUCUCAUUUAUUUAUUGCUCUCCUGUGACCCUGAGCCAUCUGUGUCUCUCAGCAUGUCCGUUAACGUGUCUUCCGGCGUUCCGGCAUGGCCUUUGAAUCGGGAUGAACAAAGAGAUUGCCACUUGCACACCGCAUACUUCUACAAUACUGCCCCCAAUAACUUCAGCAUUACUGGAACGAGGAGCAGUAGGAGAUGAGUGACUGUGACCAUAGCACAUUUCAUCCUCCCGGAGGGGCAGGGAGUGAGGAUGGGGGCAGAAAAAUGGGUGGAGUCACUGUACCUGUUUCCUCUGUGUUUCCAUUGCCACUGUUUCUUAUGAAGUCAGCGCUGUGCAGUCACAGACAAAACCUCAGUGCAUUCCUGCUGUUCUUUCUGAGACUGCUCUCCUUAGAAAGCCUCUCUGUCCAGGUGGGAGGGUUAAGGAAUUCAGACACUCCCAUAAUGAGGUCAUUAUUAUUACUUGAGCGCAAUGCAAGAAAUGCACCAUUUAGAAGAUAAUUUAUGAAACAGGCUGUUUUUCAGGCUAAUGGUUGGACUGAAAGAAUGGUAUAAUAACCCAAUUUAAGCUAGAAAGAGAUUGCUUAUUUUUAUGAGUUUUGAAGCUCUGUCAGGGUAGUAUUUGUAGUAUUUCCCUGUGAUCAGAAAUGAGCAUGAAUGCAUCGAUCACUUAACUGUCAACAGUCAUUUAGUGUAAACACACAGGAGCCUCGCAAAGGCGCAUCUGGCUGGGCCAGUCCUGGAUAGUUACAGUUCUGGACGUUUACUAAUCAGACUUCCCAGGCUUAUGCUGAAUUAGGGCUAGAUAAUGGGAUGGUGGAGUCACUAAAUCAGGGUACUUGCGAUGGCUGUGUCUAUCGUAAUUUCUUCGUAGAUCCCCUAGGCUGACGGGGAACCAGUUCUUAAUCUCUGCACAUUUGGCGUACGUUUAUGAGCAGACCUUUCGGAACAGUUUGGCUACACCUCCAGUGCUCUCUACCACGAUAAUAGCAUCCUGUCAUCCUUGCUUUGUUUAGUGGUUCCACAUUGAAAUACUUUUAAGGACUUAUUUUAGGGAUUUGUUGGCGGCACUGUGAAGAGCAUCAUGGGAGGAAACCGGUCUGGUUCAAACGCUUGUACUUUCAAUAAAUGUGAAAGGAGAGACUUUCAACACAGCAGUCAAGGCGAUAGACCGUAUUUGUUGUUGAUGCUGCCCCCAUUCCUUGUUUGACCCUCAGUGUAUCAGCAUCCGCAUGGCUUGUGGCGGACAUGUUGGUCAAGGGUGAGAGUUUAUUAAACAAGAGACUUCUGUGAUUGCAUUUUUCUUCCGGUGCUCACAGCCUUGUCUGGCAUUCCUGCUGUCUGCUGUUGGUCACCUGUAUGUCUGUACUUCUCUAAAUAUUUCAAAAUUUAUAGAAUGCAGCCCAGAUGAAUGAUGCCUGAAACAUUUCUGCUUUGGUUUCAUGUGCUGUUCACUUAGAUGUGAAGAUAAACAUGCAAAUGCAAGUAAGCAGAAAUGAGAACUACUGGCACCUUGUCUCCCAGCUGUAUAACCAUUGUAUAUCCAUGAUGACAUUUACAACUUGUAAUAGGGAAAUAAAACAUGUAAAAGAGACCACAUGGUUUAAUUGUGUAUAUAUAUAUACACAAAUAUAUAUAUAUAUAUAUAUAUAUAUAUAUAUAUAUAUAUAUAUAUAUAUAUAUAUAUAUAUAGUAAGAUUUUUCAGUUUGUGUUCCAGAGAAAGCAGAGCCCAUUUGACAUGACGUUUCUUCCCUAAGCCAUCUCAGCCGAUGUACCUUAAGUCAGUUUUGCACAGUUUUGAAAUCCCGCAACUGGAAUAAAUUAACUCGGAGGGCUACACUGGAUAAUUUUACUGUUUGGUUUGGUUGUUCUUUUGUUUGUUUGUUUGGUUGUUUGUUAUUUGUUCCAGGGUUGGUUUAGUCCUCAACAGCACAGUAUUUUAGUUUCUUAAAGUGAUGUCAUUACAUGGGCGGUUCUUGUAGCGGACAUGGAGGUGAAGUGAUAUGUUGGAGUGAUGCUCCACGCUGACAGCAUUGUAACUCUGAUUGGCAGAUUAGCCGCCAAGGUGAGGCAAGGUCACUUCCUUUCAUGUUCCUGCACAUAGGUUACAGUAAGUCUUGAUGCAGAGUUCUGAAAUCUUAUGUUUAGUUAUAAGCUGCAGGGGUUUUCCCCAACCUUUUCUUUUUAUAUUUUCUAAAAUUGUGAUUUCUUUAUAGAUUAGUGAUUUUGUGUUUGUGUGUGUGUGCGUGCAGGUGUGCUACAACAGGAUUUUUUCUUCCAUUAAAAUGAAUGGCAUCAAAAAAUGUUUUCACAUUUGUUUGUUUUCAAUUCGUUGGAAAACAGAAAAUCUGAGGAUGUAAACUGUUUCCGUGUCAUUGCAUUUUUCCCUGUAUUGCGACAGUGGCUUUGAGUUUUAUCUUUUAAUCAAUGCCCAAUGUAGCUGAAACAGUGAAAAUGAUAUUGCUCCAGAGGUUGUAUGUGAUUAUGGAUUUGAAUAUAUUUGAAAUCAGAUUUUAAGGGAUAUUUGUAUAUUUUGUAAAAUUGGUUUGCUGUCGUCCUGAAUUCUACUGUACUGUACAAAUGCACUCUUCUCUCCUUCUGUCGCAUGUUGCGUAGUUUGGGUUUUGUAUAUUUAUUGUAUUAACAUAAAAUAAAAUUUAAAAACAUUACUUUA